CGCCCCCCGCCCCGCCCCCCGCAGCGCCGCGGUGACACCGAGGAGGAAGCGCGCGGCGCGGGCAGAGCGGGACCCGCCGCCGCCGCCGGAGCCAGCCCCGCCCCGCCCCGCCGCCGCCGCCGCCGCCAUGAACGGCAAAGGACAAUACCCCACCCAGCCGUCCUACCCCGUCCAGACCCCCGCCAACCCCGCCGUGUACCCACAGACGAUGCCCCUUCCGCAGCCGCCGCCCUACACAGACGCGCCUCCUGCUUAUUCCGAGCUUUACCGUCCCAGCUUCGUACCUCUGGGGGCUGCCACCGUACCUACAAUGUCCGCGGCGUAUCCGGGCGCUUCCGUCUUCCUGCCCAUGGCCCAGUCCGUGGCCGUGGGUCCGAUCGGCUCGUCGGUCCCGAUGGCCUAUUACCCCGUGGGACCGGUGUAUCCUCCGGGCUCGACAGUCCUCGUUGAAGGUGGCUUUGAUGCUGGAGCGAGGUUUGGGGCUGGUGGAACAGCCAGCAUCCCUCCCCCUCCUCCUGGCUGUCCCCCCAACGCCGCCCAGCUGGCCGUAAUGCAGGGAGCCAACGUCUUGGUGACGCAACGGAAGGGAAACUUCUUCCUGGGAGGCUCAGAUGGCGGCUACACUAUCUGGUGAAGAAGGAAGGGGAAGGGGGGAGAGGGGGGGGCUACAUUUGUGUAAGGAAAGACAUCACAUACUGUCAGCACUUCUCACGAUGUAACUGCUUUAGUCCAUAUUAACCUGAAGUCGCAGAUUAGACACACAGCAGUGAGGUGUCUUCCUGGUUUGGUGCCCGGCCCUGCGAGGCGCUUUCAAGUCAAACAAGAAACCCUGUUAAUGAUGGCGGUGCCUCUGUUAAAACGGGGAUGGGGGGGGGGAUUGAUU